AUGCUGUUGCUUGUAUCUUUUGCUACGAAGAGAGGAUUUUCGACGGGAUGUAACACGGCUAGAAGUACGAUCAGCAAAAGAACAUUCGGAUUUUCAUCAUCGUGGUCGCAAGGUUCAUCUCAUCAUGGGGGAUCAGCCAGUGCAGCGGCUAACAACUUUGCUGCGACAUCGACGAAGUUGAUGCCAUACAAUAUUGCGGUGGCGUACCAACCGAAGGAUAGAGAGGAAUCGAACCUCUUUAAGAGCAAAAACCAUAAAGCUAGCCCAGCACAGAAGUCGCCUACGGGAGAAGACAAUUUAUUCGUGUCCGAGAAGUCACAGGAUGGCUACGUUGCUCUUGGAGUGGCAGACGGAGUGGGAGGAUGGUCGGAAGCUGGGUACGAUUCGUCGGCCAUUUCUAGGGAGUUGUGUGCGUCAAUGAAGGGGAUAUUCGAACAACAGCAGGAGCAUGCGAAUUUGACGCCUAAAAGCCUUUUGGCAGAUGCAUUUAAGGAAAUACAAAACUCCCCAAAGGUUGAAAUAGGUGGAACUACUGCAUGUUUGGGAAUUUUGACUCCUGACUAUAAACUUAAGGUAGCCAACUUGGGAGACUCGUGGUGCGGGUUAUUCCGUGAUUACAAGUUGAUAAACGAAACAAAUUUCCAGACACAUAAUUUUAACACUCCAUACCAAUUAGCCAAGAUUCCAUUUCAAAUAGUAAGACAAGCUGAACUUGAAGGGAGACGGUAUAUCAUUGACACCCCUGAUCGUGCAGAUGAAUAUUCCUGGGAUUUGCAAAAAGACGAUAUAAUCAUGUUCGCAACAGAUGGGGUCACCGAUAAUGUCAUCCCUAAUGAUAUUGAACUUUUCUUAAAAGAUAAGUUCGAGCAACAACCUAAGGUAGACUUAGCUGACAUUUCGAAAUCUUUUGUGGAGGAAGUUGUUAAGGUAUCGAAGGACGUCAACUUUCCAAGUGCAUUUGCACAAGAGUUAUCUAGAUUGACCGGCCAAAAAUAUUUGGGAGGUAAAGAAGACGACAUAACUGUUGUAUUAGUUAAAGUUACAUAA